AUGACCACAUUUAUGCCAAGAGUGUCAAGAAGGGCAACAACAUUAUCUACAAGGUCCAUGAAGGUCCCUUUCUCUGGUUCAGCUGGCUGUUCAGAGUGGCCAUUAUCAGAUCUUAUACUUCUUCGUCAUCUUCUUCAAGCACCACAUCUAGCAGUAGAAGACAAGAUGACAAAGGAGGAGGGUAUCAACCUAAUGUCCACACUUAUACUACGAUUAUCAAUGGCUUAUCCUAAUUUUCAGAUAUACACUACAAUAAUAAAUGCACUUUGCAAAGAAGGAUUGGUAGAUGAAGCAUUCGAAGCUUUCCGAAAGAUGGAAGAGGACGGCUACUCUCCAGAUGAAUGGUCUUAUAAUGUUAUUAUCCGAGGAUUUCUCCAGCAUAAGGAUGCAUCAAGGGCAGUGCAACUUAUUGGUGAAAUGAGAGACAGAGGGUUCUUUGCAGAUGCCCACACCAAAGCCUUGAUGGUGGAUCUGUUAUCUAAUGAUGAAAAUCUGUAA